AUGGCGGAAUAUGUUAUUCAGAACCUCACUGGGAACCUGAUGGCAGUCAGUAAUGCACACUCCGAACGGGAACAAAUGCCACUUUGGGCAACGAAGCUUCUGACUCCUACAUUUAUGGCGGUGGCUAUCCUAGCCACCCUGCUGCCUCCAGGCCCCACGCGUGUCACUUUGGCAAGUACAGCUUUCACCGGUCUAUGGCUUCACGUCUUGACGCACUGGGUUACGGGGCCUGCGUUUUUCAUGGAUACUAUAUUUAUGAUAUCUAUUACCGUACGCUGGCUGCUCCUGUCUCUUGCAGGGACCCCCGAGGUCGACUGCCACCAGACCAGCAAUUCGGGGACAAUACUCGUCAAAAACAACAGAAAGGACGUUACGGCACUGGAUAGAUUUUAUAACAAGGCCAAAUGGACUGUAGAGCUUUGGUCCUGCUGGCGUGGCCAGGGGUGGAACUUUGUGGACCAGCAUCUUCCGCAGGGCGCGGAGCAGACUCAAUCCCGCUGGGAGUUUCUGACUUCGAAUGCUGGGAGAAUCCUGUUGAACCAAUACAUCUCGGAUCUGGUCCGGAAAUACGCAUUCUGCGCACUGUGGCCAGCAGUUGAGGGCGCUGUCGAUUUUGGCAGCCUGCCGCUGCUUGACAAACACGGCCUUGUUGCCCUGCAGUUAAUUCGGGAUUCUUUGAUGCUGGACAGCGAAUACCGGAAAGCAUCGAUGCUGUUCGUGGGCCUCCACUUCUCCACCCCAGACCGCUGGCCGAGUCUCUUUGGCAGCGUGCGGGAUCUCUACACGGUGCGCAAUUUCUGGGGACGCGUCUGGCACCAGAUCUUCCGGCAGAUUUUCACACGCUGUGGUGACAUCGUCGCGGGCGCUCUGGGAGCUGAGAAGAGCACGUUGCUUUACAAAUACAGCAAGCUCUAUGUUGCUUUCCUGGUAUCAGGCGUACAGCAUUAUGCUUGUGCGUUGCUGAUCCCCUCUACCGCGUACGGCUGGGGCAUGUUCUGGCAGAUGCCUGCGUAUGCUGCCGUUGUCACGGUAGAGGAUGCUCUGAAGCAUUAUGGGAAACGCGCGGGCAUUUCGGACAGCAAUUUUGUGCGUGCUUUGGGUUAUAUCUGGACGGGCUACUGGAUGACCUUGAUAUAUGGACUACCGGUCGGCUUUGUGUCGGACAUUGGAGGGUUUACUGGCGUAUGUUCGCUAUGA